GGAAACCAACCAGCAUCUGUGCCUUAAAGGGUUCAUCAGUGACUCUGUCCUGCUCAGAUCAACGUCACACUGCAAACAAGAGAUGGUACAUUGUCUACAUGAGUGGUUCAAAGUAUGAUUCUACCGAGAUCUCUACAGAUGGGAAUCAAGGAAAGUACAACGUGUCAGAAGAGAGUAACUUCACUCUGACAAUCAAUGAUCUAAAUGAAAAUGAUACAAAAUAUUACUGCUGCACAGGAACUAACAAACUGGACAACUGCAACCUGCAAAACACAAUUUACCUCCAUGUUACAGACCUGCAGGUAAAGGUGAUUCCUGCCACAGAGGGACAGACAGUGACACUGAUGUGUAGCACCAGUUGUCCUCGGACUGAAAACCUUGCAGCCUACAUCUGGUACAAGAACAGAGAGUUUCUCUAUGAGGACUGGUCUCCCUGGUACCAAGAGCUGGUCAGCAGUGAGGAAGCAGUCACAUACUCCUGUGCUGUCAAAGGCUACGAGGAUCUCAGAGCCCCUGAAGUCUCAGUGGAUUCAGUCACUCCGACCUGCUUCAGUGUGACCUACGCUAAAGGGAGAAUGUGUUCUUAUCAGCAGACGUCAGUAGAUGAGUCCUGCUCCAUCACAUAUCCCAGAGAAAUCCACGUCCAAAGGAUUCCUCCAGACGUAACAGGUCAUAUCAGACUGACCUGUAACACCAGCUGCCUUCAUACUGACAAUCUGACUUCAUUUAUGUGGCUUAAGAACAGACAAGUAGACAGAGACAAGAAGAAACAACAGAUUUCAGUUCUCAAAACUGCAACAGAAAGAUUCUCUUGUGCUGUAAAAGGUCUUGAGGAUCUGCGCUCUGCUGACGUCUGCGUAGAGGAGAAGAAAUGUUUGAGAGUGAAUUAUAUCAGCAGAAGUAUCUGUGCUCUGAAAGGAUCCUCUGUGAACAUUUCCAGUGAAUACUCUCAUCCUGACAACCAGCAGUCACAGUCUAAACUUUGGUAUAAAGUAAAGAGAAAUACUGAAGAGGCAGAUAAACAGCUGACUGGAAAGACACGUAAUGUGAAGUUUCAUGACAACAUGAAGAACCAACACAUCCUCACAUUAAACAACCUGACGAAGAAGAAGGACUCAGCAGAAUACAUCUUCAAAAUCAAAACAAACUAUGAACAAGUGUCUGGUUCUCCUGGAGUUUCUCUGGUUGUCACAGAUCUGAAAGUGAAGAUAAGUCCCUCUCCAGUGGUGACAGAGGGUCAGAGAGUCUCACUGACCUGCAGGACCAGCUGUCCUCUACCUGCUAACACAAAUUACAUUUGGUACUUCAACAAUCGACCUCUGAACCUUACACAGGACCAAAGCAAACACCUGCUUCUAGACCCAGUCAGCAGUCAGGAUGCAGGAAACUACUCCUGUGCUGUCACAACCAACAGAGACAUCAACUCAGCUCUAAAGACUCUCACUGUCCAAACUAAACAAACAUCUAAACUGAACCCAGCAGCAGCUGCAGGAGUUUCUGCAGCUCUCCUUGUUUUACUUCCUCUCACCGUCUUCUUGUGGAUUAGAAAAAAAAGAACUUCCGGUCGAUCUCCCGUGAAUGAAACCUUGGACAACUUGGAGCAGAUGAACUGUGGUGAUGACGACUCCUCAGCUCAAACAGCAGAGCAGGAACUUCUCUACAGCACAAUCCACUUCUCAGAGGACAACACAGAUCCUAUCUACUCCCUCGUAAACCCACCUCAGUCCCAAGACCAAGAGAUGGUCCCCUACGCUGUUGUCAAAUUUAGGUCUAAUUCAACCUCUGAGCUCAAUGACCAGGCAGAGGAUACCUAG